UUAAGCGAUCCCGUGUACCUCGAGGAACCUGCUUUGUUGAUGGAGAUUCGCUGACGAUGGCUCAAAAUCGGUUGUCGAAUGUGACGGUGGAACAAGUUAAAGCUGCUAUGAAAGAAAUUUUAGAAGCAUUUGACAAGCCACAAAACAAAGCUAAAAUGCAAGAAAUUGAACAGGAGGCUAAUAGUGAUUUGGUAAAGCUACUUCAAGAACGACUGCCAUUUGCUGCAGAGAUUCAGAAAGAGGUGAUUAAGUGUCAUGGCUUCUCUGAUGAUGGAGAUCAAGGUUCUCUGACAUUUACUCAUGCUAUCAAGUUGUUUGAAAAAGAGGAUGAAGAAAUUGCCUCCAUGGCAGCUGAUCUGAAGAUGAAGUUCAUCCCACCCCUUCCACACCCCCCUCUUUUUGUUCCUAGGGAUGUCACAUGACAAACUUCAAACCUCUCAUUGUAGAAUAUUCUUUUAUUACAAUCAAAUGGACUACUCAUUUGAAGAAAUGUCACUGGGUCAAGGUGUUUCAUGUCUGUUGUUAGUUUAGGUAUGGUACAAGCCAUUUUUGAACAUGAAAUCCAGUUACAUCUAUAGUUUCAAAUUAUGUGUAUUCAAUAGAAUUAUAAAAGUAACCUUUGGUGUUGUGACUUCACUGUUUAAAAAGCAUAAAAGUGACAACUGCCUGAAAUGAGCUGCAGUUUGACUUUAGCUUGAUAUAGGCCAAGCAUACAGGAGUCAUUGCUACAAAGCCUUUUCUCCCCAAGGAGUGACAAAAAAGGAAUUUUUCCAGACAAGAUCAAUUCAUGUUCAAGCAGAGAGGUGAUGAGAAACUAAAAUAUCAACUAUCAGAUGUUGUUUAAAACUCAGAGCCAAAAUUUGAAGGAAUGGUGAAAGGGUUAACCAUGCAAACUUGUAAUGACCAUUGAAUUCACAACUUGAAUUAAUAAAAGAGUGCUUUAGCCAGUGAACUGGGAUUGGUCUAAGAUCUCUGCCAAGAGUUGUUAAAACAUGAUGAAAAAACAAUAAAACAAAACAAAAUGCUUGAACUACCACUAAGUACAUUUAUGUAUAGAUAAACAGAUAGGGUAAAUGCCCUGCCUGAGAUGUGUUUCAUUAUCAGUGUAUAAACAAUAGCCUCUUUUUGAAGCAAAAAAUAUGCAUGGAUAUUUGUCCAUGAACAUUAUGUGUUCCAAGAUGCAAAAUAUGUUCGGAGAGAGAAGCUAGAGGAAAACUGUGAGCUUCAAAGAACAGAUAAUGUCCAAGGACAAAUUAAUAUAUGAGCAUAUUUUUGCACCAAAUAUAGGCUAAUGUGUGUUCAUUAUCCUUCAAAUAUUUUGUAACCCAAAUGAAAAAUGUUUACAAACAGCUUACUGUUUUGCUGCAUGGGAUGUUUCUUCUAAGUGUUUUCUGGUACAACUUUAUGAACAAAUAAAUGUUUCCCUUUUUCUGUAACACAUCAUGAAUUAAAUUUUAAACAAAGACUUAUCAUAGUGGACGUAAGGUUUAAAAAUUGGGGAAUAUCACCUGAAUGAUGACCUCGGAUAUCCCCCAGUUUUAGCUGGUGAAUAUUUCUGGUCAAAUGAUGUGUUUAGACUAAUGCAUGUGAGCAAAAAUAUUCAAUGAGUCAUAAAUAAAGUUACAAGUAACAUGAUAUUGAAAAAUCAGACAAUAUCAAGAAACAAAAUGUAAUGUAACUUGUAAGGAAUAUCUUUAUUUGCACAAUGUGUCCAUUGGUAAGAUUAGGUUCUUUACUUAAAAUAUACAUAUAUUAAAAAAUGAAUACAAGUAUCUUGCUAUUUGCAAGAAAAUAUUAUUUUCAUAUGUAUCAGAAAGAAUAACCACAGCAUUCUUAAGUUUUAAUAUCAAUAGUUUGUAAAAUAUUCUUGCAACUUUUUUAUCACCAAAAAUAACAUUCUAUUAUAAUUAAAUGAAAACCACCAAUUAUGCUGUUUUUUUUCCUCCAUAAUUUAGUUGGUGUGAUUCUCUGAUAACAUAAAUAAGUAAUGGGCCUUUUCAGAUAAAUUGAAAUGUCGUCUUUCUUGGUUUUAGCCAAUAUGUGAUUGGUUGUCUACAGCACCUAUGAUCCUGAUGCAAAUUAUAUAAGUUUUUCAUUCAUUGUUAAAUAUUCCAUAAUGCGCUAUUAAUAGUAAAAUGAAACCAGUUAUUAAAUGCAUACAA